AUGACGACUAGCAUUCAGAAAAUGCAAACGAGCGAUCUUCUUCGUUCAUCAACAUCUCCACUUGUACGUGCACCUCAUUUAAUUGCUAACGAUUUACAAUCUCAAUUGAACAUGCUCUAUGCUCUGACUCAACAGCAAAUUUCAUCUUCAUCAUCUCCUUCAGACAUGACAAUGGAAUCACAAAUCAAACGUAUCAAAAAAACGAUGCCAAUGCCGAAUGAACCUCCUUCACAAGUGCCAAUGAGAUCAGCAACAGAUUCUCGAUCAAGUUCGACAAGCGAUCGUGAAAUUGUCAAAGUUGUUACGACAGCUGGACCACAAUCUGUAGAUAAAGAAUUUUUAACCCAACUAUUACUGCGAAAAGAUGUCAUACCAGCAAGAAAACGUCGCGAUUUCAUUCCCAAUGAUAUGAAAGAUGAUCACUAUUGGGAACGACGACGAAAGAACAACUUAGCUGCCAAACGUUCACGUGAAAAACGCCGCCUCAAUGAUAUUGUUCUAGAAACCAAAGUUGUGGAAUUAUCGAAUGAAAAUGAAACAUUGAAAGCCAAACUUCAUCUGAUGUUAUCACGAUUAAACAUGAAAGAGACAGAAAUGGAAAAUUUAUUCGAAGAGGAACAACGUCUUGGUCGUAUCUGUCUCAAGCCAGCUACAUCUGCAUCAGCUCUUCUUCCUAGCCGUCCAGGUACGAGCGACGACGAUGACUACUCGUCAUCACGAUCAACAAAGUCAAAAAAUAUUUCAUCGUCCGAAACACACGAUGAUGACGGCGAUGACAAAGAAGCAGCAACAACAGCAUCAACGACAACUUUGGAUGAUAAUGCAUCUCAUACACGUGUUCAACAUCCACUACUUUACAGUCAAUUACUAGGAAACAAUGCAGUCGAUUUAAGUCGAUCUGAAGUCAAAACCGGCAAUUUAUUGACAACAAUUCCGACCAAAAGUCCACCACCAUUGACUCCAUCUCCAUCACCACCAAAUGAGUCACUAUUACAAAUUCUUGCCAAUCAAAUUCUUAAAACCAAACAACCGGAAAAUGCUACAGCAUCACGUCUUUUGACAAUCGCUUCGCCAACAGAAUCCAAACCAAACAUUUCUUCAUUAAAACGAAAUCUCGAUCAAUUCCAACAAGAAGAUGAACAAAAACAAAAGUGGGAUGAAGCAGCAAUGACAUUACUCUCAUUAAACAAAGUCCCAUCUUCAUCUUCUGCUCAACCAUCAGUACCUGUCGAACCUCAAACAGCCGCACUUCAAUCUGUGUGCCAAUCAGUUAUCAAUGGUCUUUUACGAAAGCCAAAUCCUCCACGAGCAACCAUUGACUAUCACAGCAAUCAUCAACAAAAGAUGCAAGGUGAAAAUUUUCAUCAUCAUCAUCAUCACCACCAUCACCACCAACAACAACAAGACGACAUUCAUUCUCUGAGUCAAUUGAAAACCUUAAUGAAUUACUUUUCAACAUCAUCAAACAAUUCUCUUUCAAUGCCGCUAUUACAAUCAUCAUCUACAUGUGUUUCCGAACAAACCAAUACUCAUUCACAACAAACACAUGAGCUCCGAGGUGAUAUGAUGCCAUUGAAAUUACGCAUGAAAAUGUUGAAUGCUAAAAGUUAA